UUGUUGUUGAUUCUUAUUUAGAUUGUUAAUCUCAUUUGUCUAAAUGUUUCUGUGACAAUUAGUUAAUUGUUUUACUCUGUUUCUUUAGCAAUAAUGUCUAAAAAGAUGAACAUGAUUCCUAGUUACCGAUAUAACAAUGGAAUCUUUGUCUACGGUGUUAAAUUGUUUCGUUUGAUUAGUUUUGUAAUGUAUGGAUUUGCCAUCGGUUGGAUUAACACUCAUCCCUCUGUCCCUCCGUACGAAAGUGUUGGUGCUUUUGGUGGUUCCCUUAAAUUUUUAACUUAUUGGAAUCUAUUGACACAAUUUAUCCUUUUUACCUUAAUCAAUUACUGUGAUUUUUUCCUGCUCUCAUCGGAUGGAACCUUUAAACAUAAUCAAUCGUCAAGUGUAUUAAUUAAACUGAGAGACAUUGUUCACCAUGGACUUGCCUUACCAUUAGGAUUGUUUGUUGUCCUUGUUUAUUGGAUGAUCUUUGCAAUAGAUCCUGAACUUAUCUAUCCCAUUGCAUCUCGACCAUAUUAUCCAGAGUGGUUGAAUCAGAUAACUCACUCUGCUAUUGGAAUUACGGUUCUGGUGGAAGAAUUUGCUUUCUAUCAUCCUCGAGAUGAUCGGAAAGCUUUUAUUGCUCUUCUCACUUACAUUGUUUCUUAUUUCAUUUGGGUUCUCUAUCUUGGCUAUGUAAUCAACUAUUGGCCCUAUUCGGUUAUCAGAAUUAUUCCUGAUCCUUACAAAAUACCUUUCAUAGUUACAUUUGGACCAGUAUUCGGAUUUAUAUUGAAUUUCACCCAAUUUCUUCACAAUAAGCAAUGGCCUACACCUUAUCAAAGACCUCGUAAAGAGAAACGAAGAUGAUCCAAAGUGUAAUCACAAUCAAGAAAAACAAAUGGAAAAAUACUCAAAGUGAUCUGAAUGAAAUCGCAUCUUCCUAUUCACCAGGUUGGACUUUCUCUAAGAAUCACUUAAUCUACUUCUGACUGACAUUCUCAUUAAUUUAUCUUCAUCAUUAUCAUGAUUUCUAUCUGAUAAUUAUUCACUUUCAAUGUUUCUCCAUUCAUGUUAGAUUAUUAAUUAACUUCAAUUAACUGACACAAAAAAUGGUUAGUCAAAAAUACUCAUUCAAAUGCCACCAAUCAAAUUAUUGAUAUUAUCUUUCAAUCAAUCAUCAAAUUUGAAAGAAAAUAUCAAAUGUGACCACAAUUUAACCAAAAACAAUACAAAGUUGAACAAGCUGAUGAUUUACUUAAUCAACUUUCCCUGAUUAUCAUGUAAUUACUGUUUCUCUUUUGUCAUUCAUCAAACUAAUAUUUAUCACUCAUAAUUAAAUCAGUGCAAUAAGAUCUGUAAUCAUGUUUAAAGUUACACAAUUUAAGAAGAAAAUAAUGUUGAGCAUUGGAAUUAAUUUCAACAAUCUUCGAAUCAAAUUCACAAUUAAAAUCUUUUUAAAUUAAA